AUGCAAGCGACGAUGGAUUUAUUGGCAAAAGCACUGUCAGAGAAGCACGCAUCCGCAUGGGCGCGAGACUUCAAUUUGGACAGGAGCACGUUUUCUCAGGCGAAGAAGCACGGGCGGCUAAGCCCCAUGCUUGCUGGAAACAUUGCUAUUGAAUUAGGAGAAGACCCAGAGCACUGGAUCGCAAUUGCUGCGCUGGAGGCUGCACAGAAUGACAAGGACAUGGCCUUGCUAACACGGCUGCGAGAGCGGCACAAGCCAUGGCGGAGACUCGGGCUCAAGAACCUGCUGGACCAUGCCGUGCUGGAGCACGUGGAACUGCAGGCCGACCUGCGCCUGGCGCAGGAUUACCGCAAGGUCGACGAGAUUCCGUUCGACUUCAUGCGCCGGCGCAUGUCGGUCAUCGUGAGCGAGCGCAACGACCACCAUGAGCUGAUCUGCAAGGGCGCCGUGGAAGAGAUGCUGGACGUGUGCACCCACGUGCGCGUGGUGGAAGCAGCCGGCGCGCAGGACCUGCCGCUCGAUGCCACGCUGCGCGAGCGCGUGCUGGAAGUGACGCGCGGCCUGAACAACGAGGGUCUGCGCGUGGUGGCCGUGGCCAUGAAGGAAACCCCGCCGCACCAGACGGUGUAUGGCGUGGCCGAUGAAGCUGGCCUCACGCUGAUCGGCUACGUGGCGUUUCUGGACCCACCGAAGGAGUCGACCGCCCCCGCGCUCCAGGCGCUGGCGGCGCAUGGCGUGGCGGUGAAGGUGCUGACGGGCGACAACGAACUGGUCACCCUGAAGGUGUGCCGCGAAGUGGGCCUGCCCGUGCAGGGCGUGCUGCUGGGCAGGGAUGUGGACGCCAUGGACGACGGGGCCCUGGCGCAGGCUGCCGAGACGCACACCGUGUUCGCCAAGCUCUCGCCCAUGAACAAGGAGCGCCUGGUGCGCGCCCUGCGUUCGGGCGGCCACGUGGUGGGCUUCAUGGGCGACGGCAUCAACGACGCGCCCGCGCUGCGCGCUGCCGACAUCGGCAUCAGCGUGGACAGCGCGGUGGACAUCGCCAAGGAGGCGGCCGACAUCAUCCUGCUGGAGAAAAGCCUGAUGGUGCUGGAAGAAGGCGUGAUGGAGGGCCGCAAGACCUUCAGCAACAUGCUCAAGUACAUCCGCAUGACGGCCAGCUCCAACUUCGGCAACGUGUUCUCGGUGCUGGUGGCGAGCGCCUUCCUGCCGUUCUUGCCCAUGCUGCCCCUGCAUCUGCUGGUGCAGAACCUGCUGUACGACCUAUCGCAGAUCGCCAUCCCGUUCGACAACGUGGACGAGGAACUCAUCCGCAACCCGCUGAAGUGGAACCCGGGCGACAUCGGCCGCUUCAUGGUGUUCUUCGGGCCCAUCAGUUCGGUGUUCGACAUCACCACGUUUGCCGUCAUGUGGCAUGUGUUUGGAGCCAACAACGUCGGUGCGCAGACGCUGUUCCAGUCGGGCUGGUUCGUGGUGGGCCUGCUCACGCAGACGCUGAUCGUGCACAUGAUCCGCACGCCCAAGUUGCCGUUCGUGCAGAGCGUCGCGUCGGUGCCGCUGCUGGUGACCACGGUGCUCAUCAUGGCGGUGGGCAUCUUUCUGCCCAUGGGUCCGCUGGCGAGCCACUUCAAGCUGCAGGCGCUGCCUUUGGUGUACUUUCCGUGGCUGGUGGGCAUUCUGGCGGGCUAUGUGCUGCUGACCACGGCCAUGAAGCGCUACUACACGCGGCGGUUUGGCUGGCAGUAG